AUGUAUUAUUCCAGAUCUCUCACGGCGGCUGCCACGGUUGGAUCAUGCUGCGUCGCAGCCGCAGCCUCCAACUCGACUUCGUUUAGGAGCCGAUUUCCCGAGGCAGCAGCAGUUCAGGCAGUGGAUGUGGUGGUCGUUGGUGGCGGCGCCUCGGGGGCAAAUGCGGCGAUUCAUUUCAAGGAUGCUGGGCUCUCACUCCUGCUGGUCGAAAAGCAGGACCGGCUUGGUGGAAUGGUCAACAGCUGGACCGAUCCUACUACGGGGACCAAUUAUGAUUACGGCGUGGCGACGUACACCAACUAUACCGGCACGGUCGAGUUCUUCGACCGUCUGGGCGUCGACAUUGUGGAGCCGGACGAGGACGGGUCGUACACUUCUUACUAUGCGGACUUUACCACAGGCAAGACCGUAGAUUAUGUGGCUCCCAGCGUUACCGAUGAGCUGCUUGCUUUGGAGUCGUUCUACAACGUUUCCAGCCUGUACCAAGAUCUCUUCCUUCCCUCCUACGCCAAUUGGCCUGCGCCGGAUGAUAUUCCGGAAGACUUGUUGAUGCCAUUUCGCGAUUUUGCUAUGAAAUACAGUCUGAACGACACCAUGCUGCUCAUCUGGGCUGGUAUCGGCGCCGGGCUGGCGGACAUGCUGGACGCACCGACAUUGUACCUGAUGCAGACAUUUAGCCCUCAAACUGCCGCCGUCUUCAUAGGCACCGACGUCCAGUAUGUGCCCGCCUCGGGCCGGAACCAAGACAUCUAUGACGCAGCCGCCAACAUACUCGGCGAGUCUGUCAUGCUGAACAGCGUGGUCGUGGAGUCGAUCCGCCUUCCGGGAGACCUGGGAGUCGAACUGCUAGUCCAGAACCAGCUCCAUGGCAACUACACCAUCAUCCUCGCCAAGCGCCUGGUGAUGGCCAUUGAGCCCACUGCAUCCAACAUGGGCCCAUUUUCUCUGGACGAGAAGGAAUUGGCCAUCUUCAACCAGAGCACGUGGAGUGUGGUCAACACUGGCAUUGUGUCUCAUCCUUCGCUACCGGUGGACGGCCUCAUCUACAAUUUGCCUGCUACCGCCGUAAAUGGCAACGACUUUGCGGUCCCUGAGCCUCCAUUUGUGGAUUACUUUGAGUACCUCGGCAACAACCUCUGGCAAGUCAUCGUCGUCGGCUGGCUCGGCCUCACUGAAACCGCGGCCCAGGAACUGGCCAACGAAGCCGUCCAAGCCCUAGCCGCCGCUGGAACCAUCCCAGCCACCAACGGCACCAACCUCACGAUCAAAGCUUGGUCGAACCACGGAGCCAUGGACAUGCGCACUACUGCCGAGAAUCUAAAAGCUGGAUUCAUUCAGAGACAGUACGCUCUGCAAGGGCACCGCUCGACGUAUUGGACCGGUGGUGCCUUUUCCAAUCAACUGUCGACUGAUCUCUGGGCGUAUAAUCUGGAGUAUUUGGUUCCGCUAGUGCUGGAGAGUUUUAACUAG